AAGUGGGGGCCUCCAAGCAUCCAAAUGCAAAUCCAACCACCCGAAAAUCUUCAGUCAGCUCGAGAGUCUCCCGUAAGCUGCUCACUAGGUUUCCAUCGUAAAAAAAGAACAACAAAAACCCUUUCAAAAUGGCGGAUGAUGAGGCAAAAAAGAAAGCAGAGGCCGAGGCAGAUGCUAAAAAAGAUGAGGCCCCAAAAGCCGACGAUCCGAAAGCUAGACUUGCCGAGGAAAAGAAGAAGAAGCAGGCGGAAAUUGAACGCAAAAGGGCCGAGGUCCGUGCCCGCAUGGAAGAAGCCUCCAAGGCCAAAAAAGCCAAGAAAGGUUUCAUGACCCCUGAAAGAAAGAAGAAACUUAGGUUGUUGUUGAGAAAGAAAGCUGCUGAAGAACUUAAGAAGGAACAAGAACGUAAAGCUGCCGAAAGAAGGCGUAUCAUCGAAGAGCGUUGCGGUAAACCAAAACUUAUCGAUGAUGCCAACGAAGGCCAACUUAAGAAGAUCUGUUCUGAUUAUUAUGCCCGAAUGUACAUUUGCGAGGAACAAAAAUGGGAUUUGGAACGAGAAGUUCGCAAGCGCGAUUGGGAGAUUUCUGAUCUCAACAGUCAAGUAAAUGACCUCAGAGGCAAAUUCGUCAAACCCACCCUCAAGAAAGUAUCCAAAUACGAAAACAAAUUCGCCAAGUUGCAAAAGAAGGCAGCCGAGUUUAACUUCCGCAACCAACUUAAAGUGGUCAAAAAGAAAGAGUUCACCUUAGAAGAAGAAGACAAAGAAAAAAAACCAGACUGGACCAAGGGCAAGGGAGAAAAGGAAGCCGAGGAGGCCCCCCCUACAGAAGGCGCCCCACCAGCAGAAGGAGCCCCACCGGCCGAAGGCGCCCCCCCAGCAGAGGGGGCACCACCUGCGGAAGCCGCCCCCCCAGCAGAAGGCGCCCCACCAACAGAAGGAGCCCCACCGGCUGAAGGCGCCCCCCCAGAAGAGGGGGCACCUCCUGCGGAAGGAGCUCCACCUGCGGAAGGCGCCCCUCCAGCGGAAGGAGAAGCGAAACCGGAAGGAGAAGCCCCCCCUGCGGAAGGAGCAGUGCCUGAAGGAGAAAAACCGACUGAAGGUUUCGAAAAUUUCAAAAAGCUCGUCAUUGACGAGAAUUACGACAUCAUAGCUCUACCAGAGAACGUUCUAGCUCCCACAGACAACAAGGGCGCAGUUUCUAUUCCGAAUUAUUCUCUAGUCGAGAACAGAAAGAAUAGCGGGGAUGGUGUGGUGUUGUACAUCAAAAACUCACUUAAAUAUAAAGUGGUCGAUUUGACUUCGGAUAAUCCCGAAGCUCAUUUGAGUUUUGAGGAUCUUCUUACCAAAUUGCAGCAACAAGGUGAAGCCGCAACUCCAGCUGAAGGAGCUGCCCCCGCAGAAGGUGCCCCGCCAGCAGAAGGUGCCGCCCCACCAGCAGAAGGUGCCGCCCCACCAGCAGAAGGUGCCGCCCCACCCGCAGAAGGAGCCGCUCCCGCAGAAGGAGCCGCCCCACCAGCAGAAGGGGCACCGGCAGAAGCGGCCCCCACAGAAGGUGCCCCAGCGGCUGAUGCUGCCGCCCCCGCUGAAGGUGAAGCCGCCCCAGCGCCGGCGGCGGACGCCCCAGCAGCUGAGGCGCCUCCAGCAGAAGCGCCCGCUCCUGAACCACCAGUCCCUGAACCAGCGGCGGCGGUGGUUGAAUCCGCCCCCGUUAUUGAAGCUACAGCCUGAGUAUGAUGAUUUCCAUAUAAUUUAUUGUUAUGUUACAUUUAUUUAUUUUUAUUUUUUGUGUUUUACGAUUUUAACGAGUUUAAUAAAAUAAGUAUUUUUACCAUAAGGAAACAUGUGUUUUAUUUAUUUUAUAAUUUUAGGUAAGGA